UGUAGUAGAAAGUACAUUUAUCUGUAGUUUUCUAAACAAACUUUACAAUGACCGAGUUUGAAACCACAAUUCUCAAUAUUUCUGAUACGGAGUCAUCAGACGAAGACAAUUUACCACCAAGAAAGAAGGCCAAAUUCAAAAGAAACUUCUUAGACUACUUUAAGGGUGCAAUUUAUGAAAACUUAACAAUUGCGGAGGAAAUUCUGAAGGCCGAAGGAGAGUUUCGUUUCAAAUCUGCCAAUCAAACCGAAUGUGGCAUGAAGCAUUUUUAUAAGUGCAAAGUAUCCAGCAAGUGUUCUGCUAAGCUAUAUCUGCUUCUCGCUGAAGACGGACAAGACGUAAUUCGUUAUCAGACCAACACUGCUCAUGACCACCUACAGAAAAAUAAAACAAGCGGAGUUCAAGGCCCAACGCGACAAUUAAUGGUCAAAUUGCUUAAAAAUGGCAUCUCGGGUCCCUCUCAAAUCCAAGCAAGUAUUCGUGAUUCCGGUCUUCCAAUACCAAAUCGAAAGCAAAUUUCAAAUGCCAAAGCCUACCUAAAAUCAAUUGAGGCCCCACGAAUUGUAUCAUUAGGGGACCUUGAAAAACAACUAUCUGCACUCCUAACAGAACCUACUAGCCAAGAUCAAACAAUUUUGGUAGGAAAGAUCAUUGACUUUGAAAAGAAAACAUUCCACUUCAUGCUAUCUACGCCAAGAUUGAUGCAAGUUCUCACAUUUGGAGAUUGCUUACAUGCUGAUGGGACCUACAAAUUGGUAUGGGAAAAUUUUCCAGUCCUUGUUCUUGGGACGUCGGACAAAAAUAGAAAUUUCCACCCAAUUAGCAUUGCUGUAUCAACCGGCGAAACAGAGCAAGAUUAUGGCAACAUUUUUAGGAUUUUAGCGAGUUCAUGUGGCACUAAAUAUGAGCCAAAAGUAUUAAUUGCUGAUUCAGCAGAAGCAAUCACAAACGGCUUCGAAUCAGUUUUUGGGAGCAACUUCGUUCGAGUGUAUUGUUGGUACCACGUGAGUGCAAAGAUCAAGGAUCGAUUAAAACAAAUAGAAUGUCCGGAAACCAGGCGUGAAUUAAAGUCUGACAUAGAUUUACUUCAGUUAGCAGAAGAUAAACUUGAUUUCGAUGCGGCUGUACAUUUGUUUAGGCAGAAAUGGUCCGGAGUUGAUGCCGUCAAAAACUUCGUUGGCUACUUUAUUGGAGAAUAUAUUGACCAAAGGUGCGGCUGGUAUGAAGGAACUGCCCCAGGGUUCCCUUCCACUAAUAAUGGACUCGAGUCAAUAAAUGGACUCAUCAAACGUCAGGGAACACUUCGGAAGAGGCUACCUCUUGGAGAAUUCGUCAACUGUAUCUCCAAGCUUCUAUCUGGUUGGUCCAGUGAGAGAGACCCUCAGUUACCGGAUUACAAACGAUUUAGACUCGAACCAGUUAUAACAAUUGCGGCCAUGACCGAUGCCUACAAUUGGCUUAAAGAUACCUCUCGUCCAUCAACGAGACAAAAAAAGAUUAACGAUACCAUAAUCAAGUUUUUCGUACCAGCCAAAGGAACAAGGUCACUAGAUGAAAAGGACAUAGCCAACUACAUUCAGCUUACAGAGAAAAAGUCGUGGAGAAAGUUCGAAACAUACCGGAAGACGAAAGAAAAGCUUUGGGUGAUAGAGUAUGAUAUUAUAAAUUGGAUGCAAUCCCGUUGCAAUUGUCCCAUGUUUAAAAAACAGCAUAUUUGUAAACACUUAAUUGGGCUCGCUGCCAACCGCAAAGAUUUUAAUAUUUCUGACGCCUGCAAAAAUGUUCCAAUUGGUAUAAAACGACGCCCAGGUCGCCCCAAACAAUGUAAACAAGCUCUUAUCGUUGAAUAAUUAUAUAUUUUUUAAUUACAUGUGUGAUCUGGGUUCAAAGAUCAUGUAAAUAAACAAAUUUUAAUAUCGGGAAAUUAAGGCACUUUUUUCAGUCGAUUUCUA